GUGAGUUUUCCGCAGUAGACCUGAAAACCCAGCCAGGCGCGGAUUGGCGCAUCCCGGCUGCGGCCGCCUUAGUCAUCGAGUCGUUCUGGAACUGGGCACCAACUUGCGUGUGUUUGUCCGCGGCUCUUUGUGCGCGGAUCAGGGGCAGCGUGGACUCUGAUAUCUAAUCCAGGAUUUGCCUCUGCCCGAGGCUUAUGGAAAACAGAUGUCUCGCCGCUCUGGGACUGAGCACAGAAUGGAAGUGACCCAGAGGGGAGCUGUUUGGCACCGACGACACGGAGGGAAGGCCCCGGCGCGGCCCGCGAGGCCAGCUCCGCUCCUCGCGUCCGUUCUCUGUGCCGAGCCAGCCGCUCAGACCGCGUCCCGCGAGCGAGCCGUGUGACUGUGAGGCCUCGUGGGGCAGGAGCCCGGACACCGGGGUCCGCGGCCACCAGAAAUCUGGGUGUGAGCAGCAGUCGCGAGGGUCGCGCAGCGUGCAGGGUCGAGGACAGCCGGCCCUCCAUGUCAGUGGUCUAGGAUGGCCAGUGAGGGCGCCAGCAUCCCAAGUCCUGUGGUGCGCCAGAUUGACAAGCAGUUUCUGAUCUGCAGUAUAUGCCUGGAACGGUACAAGAACCCCAAGGUCCUGCCCUGUCUGCACACUUUCUGCGAGAGGUGCCUGCAGAACUACAUUCCAGCCCACAGCUUAACCCUCUCCUGCCCAGUGUGUCGCCAGACCUCCAUCCUGCCCGAGAAAGGGGUGGCUGCACUCCAGAACAACUUUUUUAUCACAAACCUAAUGGAUGUGCUGCAGCGAACGCCAGGCAGCAACGGCGAGGACUCUUCCAUCCUGGAGACAGUCACCGCUGUGGCUGCAGGAAAGCCUCUUUCAUGCCCAAACCACGAUGGGAAUGUGAUGGAAUUUUACUGUCAGUCCUGUGAGACCGCCAUGUGUCGGGAGUGCACGGAGGGGGAGCACGCAGAGCACCCCACAGUCCCGCUGAAGGAUGUGGUGGAGCAGCACAAGGCCUCGCUCCAGGUCCAGCUGGAUGCAGUCAACAAAAGACUCCCAGAAAUAGAUUCUGCUCUUCAGUUCAUCUCAGAAAUCAUCCAUCAGUUAACCAACCAAAAGGCCAGCAUUGUGGACGACAUCCACUCCACCUUUGAUGAGCUGCAGAAGACUUUAAAUGUUCGCAAGAGCGUUCUGCUCAUGGAGCUGGAGGUCAACUACGGGCUCAAACACAAAGUGCUGCAGUCGCAGCUGGAUACCCUGCUCCAAGGCCAGGAAAGCAUUAAGAGCUGCAGCAACUUCACCGCGCAGGCCCUCAACCAUGGCACGGAGACGGAGGUGCUGCUGGUGAAGAAGCAGAUGAGCGAGAAACUGAACGAACUGGCGGACCAAGACUUCCCACUGCACCCGCGGGAGAACGAUCAGCUGGAUUUUAUCGUGGAGACCGAGGGACUGAAGAAGUCUAUCCACAACCUGGGGACCAUCCUCACAACUAACGCGGUCGCCUCUGAGACGGUGGCCACGGGCGAGGGGCUUCGGCAGACCAUCAUCGGGCAGCCCAUGUCCGUUACUAUAACCACCAAGGACAAAGACGGAGAGCUGUGCAAGACAGGCAACGCAUACCUCACCGCUGAGCUCAGCACCCCCGACGGCAGCGUGGCGGACGGAGAGAUCCUGGACAACAAGAACGGCACCUACGAGUUUCUGUAUACUGUACAGAAGGAGGGGGACUUCACCCUGUCCCUCAGGCUCUACGACCAGCACAUCCGAGGCAGCCCUUUUAAGCUCAAGGUCAUCCGCUCAGCCGACGUGUCCCCCACCACCGAGGGCGUGAAGCGACGAGUCAAGUCCCCAGGGAGCGGGCACGUCAAGCAGAAGGCUGUGAAGAGACCCGCCAGCAUGUACAGCACCGGCAAGCGAAAAGAGAACCCCAUCGAGGAUGACCUGAUCUUCCGAGUGGGUACCAAAGGAAGAAACAAAGGAGAAUUUACAAACCUGCAGGGUGUGGCAGCAUCUACGAGUGGAAAGAUAUUAAUUGCAGAUAGUAACAACCAGUGCGUGCAGAUCUUUUCCAAUGAUGGACAGUUCAAAAGUCGUUUUGGCAUCAGAGGACGAUCCCCCGGACAGCUCCAGCGGCCCACAGGGGUGGCCGUGCACCCCAGUGGGGACAUCAUUAUUGCAGAUUAUGACAACAAGUGGGUUAGCAUUUUCUCCAAUGAUGGGAAGUUUAAGACAAAAAUCGGAUCAGGAAAACUAAUGGGGCCCAAAGGAGUUUCUGUGGACCGCAAUGGGCACAUUAUUGUGGUGGACAACAAGGCGUGCUGCGUGUUCAUUUUCCAGCCCAAUGGGAAAAUAGUCACCAGGUUUGGUAGCCGAGGAAACGGGGACAGGCAGUUUGCAGGUCCCCAUUUUGCAGCUGUGAAUAGCAAUAAUGAGAUCAUCAUCACAGAUUUUCAUAAUCAUUCUGUCAAGGUAUUUAAUCAGGAAGGAGAAUUCAUGUUGAAGUUUGGCUCAAAUGGAGAAGGAAAUGGGCAGUUUAACGCACCGACCGGUGUAGCUGUGGACUCGAAUGGGAACAUCAUUGUGGCUGACUGGGGGAACAGCAGGAUCCAGGUUUUUGAUGGGAGUGGAUCAUUUUUGUCCUAUAUCAACACAUCCGCUGACCCACUCUAUGGCCCCCAAGGCCUGGCUCUAACUUCAGACGGCCAUGUUGUGGUCGCAGACUCCGGAAACCACUGUUUCAAGGUAUAUCGGUACUUACAGUAACAGCGGACAGCUCUGUACUGAGGUCUUGCACUAGAAACUGGAAUGGAGCUCUCAGCGUGGGACCAGAUUACGAUAGGACUUUCAUACUAGGAAGAAUCUUUGGUGAACUUCCCAAGGUUAUUUCUGAAUGUAAUCAUUUCCUUAAAACAAAACUGCUUACCCAAUUUCCGUAAUUCACUUUUAGGAUUUAAAAAGAAUCUUCUUCUACUGAAUCUAUACAAACUUCGAAGUUUUACACCCAUGAACUAUGGCUCAUAGGACAGGGAUUUCUGUAGUUAAACUAAUUUUGCAAAUCAGACGUUAAAAAGAAUUAGUGUAUCUGUUGACUGGUGAAUGAAUGAUAGCCUUUGCAUAGAGCUUCCAAGACUUGUAGUUGCCUAUUUUAUUUAACUUCGAUCACAAGACCCAAGGGACCUUCGAACCUCACUUUCACAGUAGGUGUUAUUAUCCUGGUGACAUGUUUUUGCUUAUCAACAACCACAUAUAAAUUACCUUAGAAAAAUCCAAGACUGUCUUGCAAGAUCCUCCCAGCUCUGACUCAGGACCCUCUUGAGUUGAGCCCAUCAGAAUCAAUGCAAAUUUCCCAAAUUUUCUGGGUUUGAUCAAAGAUUGUUUCCGUGUGUUCUCUUCACCUUCUCGUUUCUGCUCACCUUGCAUCAGAAAAUGAAAUAUAUUUUCAGGGAAACCUGAAAUUCCCAAUGCUUUGGAAGGCACAUAGCAAAAGCAAGGGGACCCUUUGGUUGCUAGCUUCAGAUCGACACACUGGAAUGGACUCAAGAGAAGUCACAUUCAUGUGCCAUGUGUUCAUAUGUCUUUUCUCUUCCACAUCAUGAAAGCGAAAGCUUUACCUCCUGCAAAACGUCAGCACAUGUAGUCAGACACCGGUGUCCUAGGACAGAGAGCCAUCAGCAGCCCUUUGGAGGACAGAUGGUGUCAACCAAAGGCAUGUGAUUGAUUCAUGAUUUUCCCCUUAGAGAGCAAGUGUUACCAAAGUUCUGUUGAGCAUUACAGGUAAGGGCAUGUUGUGGUUAUUUAUCAUUGUCUAAUGAAUAGUAGAGGCAUUAAAGGGGCAAGUAUACAUGGUUAGGGUAAGAUAGAGUGUAUUAUACAUAUAUAUAAAUAUAUAGCUGAAUUCUUGGUGUGUGGGAAUAGGCAGCACUCUGAAAGACAGAAGCAUUGUCCAGCCAUCCUUCAGCACAUUCCCUGGAUGCUGCAGUCUGAAGCCGUCCUCGUGGAGUGAGCCCUACAGCAGGUUUCGGGGUUGCCGUUUUCUGGCAUGAUGGUGACGUCUGGCUUCCAGUCAAAUGACCUUCUUUGUGUUCAAGAAAAAAGAGAAAGAAAGGAAGGAAGAAAAAACAGAAGAAAGAAAGAAGUUUUUAAACUUUGAGUUACCUUUCAUUUAGGUGUAAAUGCAUUUUGAGAAACAUUACCUGUUGUGGAUAUUGUAAACUAAGAUGUGUUCUCUUUCCACUGAUUUUCUACUCAGUUCUACCAAAUAGGAAAGUUAUGUUUGGCAUGUUUGAUGAUGACUUUGGGAUUUCAUUCAUUGAAAGUACCUUAGAUAUCUACUGUAAAAAAAAAUUUCCCUUAGAUACAAAUGAUGAUGUUUAUGGUUUAUUAUCUUAAAAUUCAAAUGUUCUCGAUAUAAAAGUUUAAAAAUCGUUAGAAGGGAAACCUGGCUACUUCCAAUGUUCUAUUUAAUUCACUAUGCCCAAAUCAAUAUCUGGGUGGAAAAACAUUAUUUUCAGAAGAUUUACAUUGGCGUUUAGCUUAUUAUUAUUUUAGUUCAGUGGGGUUUUAAAGUAUACAAGCCUGUCUGUACUAGACAUAAAGUUCAAUACCAGUUUUAGAGCGAUAAGGACUAUUUCUGAAUACCAUGAAAUAAGUCUUUGACUUUAUAUUUUGGUUUUAGAUGUUCUUUUCUUGGUGCUGGGGACAGUACUCAGGGCCUCAGACAUAUUCAGUGAGAGUCCUGUAGUUGGGCAGUGCCUACAGCCCAAGCCUUCAGUAUGAACUCCAGUGGUCCUAUCCUCAGGCUUUCUACCAGGGGCCAGGAAUGCAUCUAGGCACUGGGAUCAGAAGGAUGCAUAAACAAGAAAGGCAUCUCUGUCCUUUUAUAGCUUCUGUUCUAAAAAGGAGGAUUUUUGUUAUGCUGAUUAUUAAUAGUCUGCCUGCAGGAUUGUUUUCGUUUCUGGGCUAUUUAAAAGAAAGCUUUUUUAAAAUGAGUAAAUUAAUUUUAGUUAAUUUUCACAAGCAGAAAACAUUUUUUUAAGAGGCUGCCACAGGCUGCUUUUGUUUGUUCCAUUAUUUGUUUUUGUGGUGUUGCUGAUGGAAUCCAGGGCCUUAGGCCUGCCCUGCAACUGAGCUGUACCUCCACGUUGCAACUCUUGUUUUGAAAAUGAAUUAACCAAAUGAGUUCUUUUUUUUUUUUUUUUUUUUGUAUAAUGUUGAGAUAUUUGCGAACUGAGAAAUUAAUUCAUAAACAAAUCAGCCGCAUAUAUAAGAUAUCUCAUCAGGCUUGAUAGUUCAAUAAGAAAUAAUACAAAUUUGUUUUUUUUUUUUCUUAACACACAAAAAUUGGUAUGAACUGGAAUUAAAAAAAAAAAAAAGAAUAAUUUAAUCGACCUGUUCCACCAUCGGCUACUACAGCACCUGCUGUGGGCACUGCAGGAAACACUACAUUCUGCACUUGGGUACGUGUGCACAUUUACUGUAGUUCUUCGUGGUAAGCAUUUUGGUGUGGGGGGAAUGCUGCUACUAAGAUACAAAUAGACAAGAUCUAAAUGAAAUCUUGUCUCAUUUGGUUGGAAUGGUUUUUGGCAAACUGAGAAAUAUUAUUAAAAUAAAUGGCGCUUUUUUGUUGUUGUUGUUGUUGUUGUUCUAGGGUACUGUUACUGUCUAAUUGAUCUUUGUCAAGUGUAUAGAACCUGUCACACAUUCAUGGUGCAUAGCACUGAGGAAGAAAGCGUUCAGAUUCCCCUUGGGCACUAAGGACAGACAGUUGGGUUUUAUAGGUUAAUGAUAGUGUAUCUUCUCCCAAAAUAAACCUCCCCUGCUGGACAUGGGGUGGUAGGGAGGCACUUGGCUAUCCAGAAACACACAAUUAGAAAGUCGUUAUGACUGUUUGCUGGUUUUUCAAUGAUGUGUAAGAUUUUGAUGAAACAUUAGUCUCUGUAACCAAAUAAGCCCCUGAGUUUCCUAAACUUGACACAAUUUGAGGCAAUAAGUACCCCUGGUCCAUGCAGCUGUUGCACAUCUGCUCCCACUACAUGUACAGGGUAUGUAUGUCCUCACAGGGAAUGAACUGGAAUAGCGGUAUGUUAUCAGGUAUAUGGAGCCUCACUCUAAAUGGUUAGCAUAAAUGCUUUGGUAUUACCUACGGAGGAAACAACUGGAGAGAGCAGAUCAACAUCAGGUUAUCUGCAGAUCACAUCAAAUGGGAAAAGUCUCUCUAUGCAUUUGGACUGUAGAUCAUCCUCUCUGUUCACCAGCUUCUGAACAGGGAAGAGGAAUUAAUUUUUUUGGUGAAUGCUUUUAAAACAAGACCUUUCCAAGUAGGAUAGCAUUGAAGCUGCCUGAUGCAAACCUUAUCUAAUUUCCCUUAAAAUCGAAAGUCCUAAUACUGUUACUUUAUGUAAAUGUUGCAGGGUGUUUAAAAAUUUACAAUUAUUUUAAUAUUUUUGAUAACUAGGAAUCUAGUAUUGCCAUAAAGGAAAAACUAAGUGCCCAUUAAAAAUUUGUUUGGUAUAAAUAAAUACUUUUUUGGGGGGUUUUGUUUCAAAUGACAGUAAGCUACAAAAUCACGAUGCUAAUCUUCAAAAACACUUUCUAAUGAACUGUGUGGUAGUUGAUUGUGUGGCCUGUUUGUGGAGAAUGUAUGGAUGUGACACAUUAAUAUUCCAGAAGAGAUUAAUAAUUAGCUAUGUUGUUCCAAUGAAUGUACAGCACCUCCAUUAACUUUUGAAAGCAACACAGCCUUAACCUCAAUGCUUUUGCUUUACAACAUGGGACUUUGUGCUGUCAACAAAGUACCCUCUGCUAACAUUCUUUCUUAACAUUCCUGACUGCAGCCUUUGGAGGCUGCCUACAAGAAUGAGGGUUGUUUGUUUCUUUUUCAUUUCUUUGAAGAUUUUGUACAUUCCACCUUGACACAUCUGUCUCAUACAUUUUGUGUACAGACCACUGGUCUUGUGUUCUCUGCCAUCGAUAAUGAUAUAGCCUCUUCAUAUGUUCUUUUAUGAAUUGAAAUGCUGACUGCCUAUUUAAAUAGAAGAACGGACGCUGUGCAUCAAUGUGUUUGUAUGUUCGUAGCUACAUACGUACCACAGUAUUUUGGAUGCUUUAGUCUAUAAUAAAACUUUAAAUUAAUUCUGUCUUGAAACAUCAGAGAAACAAGAUUCGUGUGUAUAUCGUUACCAUGCACAAAAAUCUCAAAUCAUUAUAAUAAAGCUUGUUUUCUCCAUCUGCA